CAGACUACAUCGCUUCAUGAACAUUCCGCCAUAUUGCCAUCGCCUAAACGCGCUGGCUGGGUCGGUUCCUAUCCACAACUGAAAAUUUCUGCAGUGAUGACUCAGACGGUUCAGACCAACGGGGUCCAACCCCUCAGUAAGACCUGGGAGCUGAGUCUGUAUGAGCUACAGAGAACUCCACAGGAAGCUAUAACAGAUGGACUGGAGAUAGCCGUGUCGCCCAGGUCCUUGCACAGUGAACUUAUGUGUCCUAUCUGUCUGGACAUGCUGAAGAACACAAUGACAACUAAAGAAUGUCUGCACCGCUUCUGCGCUGAUUGUAUCAUCACAGCUUUGAGAUCUGGUAAUAAAGAGUGUCCUACCUGUCGUAAGAAGCUGGUGUCAAAGAGGUCGCUGCGUCCAGACCCUAAUUUUGAUGCUCUGAUUAGUAAGAUUUAUCCCAGCCGUGACGAGUAUGAGGCCCACCAGGAGAGAGUAUUGGCCCGCAUUAGCAAACACAACAACCAGCAAGCCUUGUCCCACAGCAUAGAGGAGGGGCUGAAGAUACAGGCUAUGACCAGACUGCAGCGCGGUAAGAGACACACAGUGGAGAACGGAAGCGGAGCUGAAGACAAUGGAGACUCCUCCCACUGUAGCAACGCCUCUGUCCACAGCAACCAGGAGGCAGGUCCGAGCAUCAAACGCACCAAGACGAGCGAUGACAGCGGAUUGGACAUGGACAAUGCUGCUGAGAAUGGGGGUGGGGACUCUGUGAUCGAUGGUGGUGCAAGUGAAAUUGAACUGGUGUUUAGGCCACAUCCCACCCUGAUGGAGAAGGAUGACAGUCACAACAGUGUGGAGUUUGUCCCUCGCUAUAUUAAGACGUCCGGUAAUGCAACAGUGGACCACCUGUCUAAAUACCUGGCUGUCCGAUUGGCUCUGGAGGAACUGAGAAGAAACGCUGAGGCCAGUCCUGUUAACGUGGAGGCGGCUUCAGAGAAACAGUACACUAUCUACAUCCCCACUGCUGGAAACCAGUUCACUGUCCUGAAUGGUUCCUUCUCUCUGGAGCUGGUCAGCGAAAAGUACUGGAAGGUGAACAAACCCAUGGAGCUCUACUUUGCCCCUACUAAAGAACACAAGUAGACACAUAACAACACACACAUGCAUACACACAUAACCACAUACACACUCACCAGUUGGAAGUAAACAGACGGACUUGGCUACAUGUGUGCACACAGAAACAAGAAGUGGGUGUGUCUGAAGGAGAUUAGGGGGGUUGGUGAAACCCCUGAACGGACUCUUGUAAAAAGAAAAAACCCUCGUUUUAUAUUCUCUGUAUCUUUGUGUGUCUCUUUCUAUCUUUCUCAGUAGAAGGUAGCAGAUCAGUGCAGCAGCUUGCAGAUAAAUCACAGAUAAAGGUCUGCUGCUAACAGUGACUAUAGAUUCUCUCCAACUCAGUAAACCAGGCUCCAUUCACAGUCUCAGUUAGCAAUGUGCUGUUUUCCCAGAAAAAAAAAUGUAAUAUUCGAUAUUUGUCUUCAGCAGGGCCCCCCUUUAUACUGUAUGAUGUUGGUUUGUCCCUAACAGACGUCAACCAGAUGGUAGAAAAAUGUGAUGAAAUGGUGGUCUUACAUCUCAUUGUGAACUACAGCCACCAUCAGGUCAGUUAGAGCUUUAGAGGCUGCACAAAUUCUAAAAAUGCUGCUCUUGGUUUAAGAUCACUCUGUGCUACAACUGACAUCAGAAGAUGAAGUUGUACGACACACACAGGAUGAAACAAACAUUGUAAAUCCCCAUACAUAUGUACACGUUUUUCAACUGUACCUGUCCACGAAAGAAGAAUCUGACAUGUACGGAAGCAAAUCUGGGAUCAGAAUUUCAUAUUGAAUUGAACCUACUGAAUACUUAAUGUUGAAAGUUAAAAACCACUGGAUUUUUCAGAUGGAAUUUAUUGAUUUAAAAAGACAAAUAGUUUUGUUUCUGAACAGUAGAUCCAGAAAACCUCUGAAAACAUAUUUCAGUGUUCAACAUUAAGUAAUCAGUGGUGGUUAUAAGGUGCCUGUGGGUGUUUUGACCUCUACCAGCACUGUGGAGCUGCAUUUCUAUAACUGGUUUCCUGUUUUGUUUAUCUUGAGCACACACUCGCACACAGGUGGUGCAAUACACAAUCCUGCCUCUCUAUCGGGUGGUGGUAAUGUGCCAGUGACCGCAGCAAACAGACCAUUUGUACAGUUAAGUGUUAAUGACAGGCUGUCUCGAAAUCUUACUUUCCAUAUGUAAACUACAUUGCUUCUCCCUGUUCUAUUGUCUUCUUCCAGAGUGAGGAUUUCGAUUAUUUGAUUUGUGACGUGUAUAAGUUUUCAAGUUUUUCAAGUUUUCAGUUGCUCAUAAAAUUCAAAUAAUUAUUUUGACAUUUCCUAGUUUGCAUAAAUAUGCCUCUGAAUAAAAGCCUGAUUUUGUCAGACCCAUGUGGCACAGUGACGUACUGUUAUCACACAGUGUACAGGGGCGAGAAGGCACCUGUUGAUCUGUAUUUUUGAAUGCUACAUGGUAAAAUGUGCGUUUACACUGAGGAAUCCAGGUGAAUCUACAGUAUUCAAUGAUGUGAAGCUACAAAGAUUGAAGCAGGCAAAUAGGGGUUUUUGUUUCUGAUACUGUUGCAGGUGUUCUCUGGAGAGCUUUUUUUGGACACGUCUGUCGUCUUUCAAAUAAAACCAGAGAAUGGUGAAGGGUUUAAUGGCUGCAGUCUGUUUUCCUGCUGUCUGGAAACUGAAUCACUAAGCAGGACACGGGACAUGUAGGGUAUCAAAUGGAUGCAGCUACCAGUGUUAACGCAUGAUAACAAACCAGGUGCACCACUCGCAUGGUGCGUGAAGACUGGUUGGGGAGUGAAGUGAAACUCUGAACUGUGACUGUGAGGUACUAUCUGGCAGCUGUUGUCUUGAUCUGUUGCCUGUAGGAAAAAAACUGUCUUCUAAUAUCUGUGGCUGCUCUCUAUGGCUCGUCCUUUUUAUAAAUGUCUUUUGUAACAUGGAAAGAAUGGUGUUUUUGUGUGUUUUGUGUGUGUCUGUGUGUUUGGAGCAGAGUGGGGUGGGAGGGUAUUUUUUUUGCAGCACAAUGGACAGACAGACAAUUACAAUAUUCACUAUCCCACCUACCGUUCGAACGAUCCCACUCCCUUUGCUGUUGUAUCACCGCUGACUCAGCAGUGUAACGUGACUGCCAGCGUUAGGAGGGUUAUUUUCUCAUCAUCACUCCUUCGAAGUUAAAACAUGACAUCACAGAAGAAGGAAGAGUACAGUUUCUUAUUGUUUCACACACAUGGUGAUGGGUCGGUGACAUGUUUUGAUAGAAGUUGUUUUUGGUCUCUGUUGCUAAGGAAGGGGUCUGAAGGUCCCACAAGGAGGAGAGGCCCGGUUAUUUUGCAACUGAUGUGGUACAUUGCUGGUCACAUGACCUGAUUGGACAAACCACAACCAUCACACUAAACCUUUUACAGGUGUAUCAGUGCAUCACCAUGUAGAAAUCAGCUUUUUGUCAAUAUUAUUUACUGUUUGUGGAGAGCCGGAAACCUUUUCCUUUGCUGAAUGAGACACUUUCAUAUUUGCUAUUUUGUAGGUGACAUGAGGAGCAGCUGAUGGGUUAUGAGGGGUUAUGAUGAGUGAUGAUGAAGAGAAUCAAUGUGUGGUCUAAUAAUCUGAGCUGAGUUAUAAAUAUGUCUCUGCAGCUUCACUUUAAUUCAGGACAGUUCAGUCAGUUUUGGAGGGAAUAUACUAAAUGACCACCACACUCUCCCUGUGACCUAAACUACUUCUGUUUAUUUGACCAGCCAAACAUCACCUUAAGACUAGGUCCAGAGCUCUCCACCACAUCUUAUGGUCUCGGUCAGCAAGUUCAUUUACCUCAGUUGUUCCCUUUGACAAAAAUAAUCUCAUUUUGAAUGAACACUGACAUUUGAUUUCUGUUCGGUUUAUCCAGUUCAGUUACUGUCUGUGUAAAUGGCUCAUUUAACCCCAAGGAUUUCCCCAGAUUCUGGAUUCAGGGAGGAGAAGAGGUGUGUGGGAAGCACCUUCACUCUCUUCUUAUUUGGUACCUGUGAGUGUGUGAGUGUGUGAUUGUAUGUGUGGAACCUGUAUACUGCAUCUUUCUGUUUGGACAUUAAACCUGAAGUUGUGUGUUCAUCAUUGAACACUGCUGUUGCUUGUGUUUUCACUGAUUAAAAACUGUUGCGUUACUGUG